AUGCUGCCAAAUUAUCUUGAGAACAAUCUCACUAAAUCUUCUAUUGCUAGACAUAGGAGGAGACUUAUUUUGAAAGGAAGGAGAAAUACACGUGAUGGUCUCAAGACACAUCGACCUACUUCCUCUAAAGCCUCUAAUUCUACAUCCUUUAUAUUGCCUUCUUCAUUAACCCUUACAUCCGAUGCAACAACUUUUCAUAACAAUGAUCCAGCACUUGGAAAUGCAAAUACCUUGCUCAGAACUUUCAGGCACACCGUUAAAAUAAAUUGUAACGUGAGUCAGGCAUCUACUUCUACUUCUACUUCUCCAACCUAUGGUCAACAUAUAGCACCUGAUAUACCAUUUGAACCACAAUAUUCACACGAUGCGGUGCCCAAUUCUGAGGAUGAUUUGAGUUUGGCUAAUACUUUAGACUUUGAUGCCGACAUCAAUCAUGAAUCGUUAGUAGAUUCUCAUAUGCAAGAAUAUUCUGAUAUAGGAGACCAAAAAUGGGAAUGUACAUAUUGUCAAGCUUGUAUGUGUUAUCAGCAACGCGCUGAAAAACUGAAAACACCAAAUGUUCCAAAGUUCCUUCGUUGCUGUCGGGGUGAGAAAAUUGUUUUACCCUUACUUCAAGAACCACCAAAACUGUUGCAACAUCUUCUGUAUAAUAGAACAUGUCCAGAGAGUAAAAACUACCAGAAUAACAUUCAAACAUACACCACUUUGUUUUCUUUCACUUCUCUUGGAAUGAAAUUUGACAUAACAUACUCGAACACAGGUGGCCCACCUAAUUUGAGACAACACCGUCAAACCUGUCAUGGAAUAGGUACCCUACUAUCGAAAAUUGGACAUCCUCCCCAAUAUGCUCAGCUAUAUAUCUAUGACACAAACAACAAAUUUGAUAAUAGAAUGGAAUGUUUCAGCAGAGACAAUAAACUGAUCCAAAGGGACAUUGUCGACAAGUUGAAUAUUAUGUUAGAUGAGUUCAAUGUUCAUGCAAAGGCUUUUAGAAUGGCAAGGGAUAUUUUGAAGGCUAAUUCUUUCUUAGACUUAAACUUAUGGCUUAUUUGUGAUAGACCUGAGGAUGGACGUGUCUAUAACAGACCUACAGUGUCAGAGGCUUCCGCCCUAAUUGUCGGAGAUAUUGAUUCUGCUUCUAAAAGAGACAUCAUCAUUCAACCACGCGAAGAUGGUUUGUAA